AUGCAGGCCGAGCUGGACAAGGUCCCUGCAGGCUCUUCCAUCGCCAUCGCCGUGUCCGGUGGUCCUGACAGCAUGGCCCUGUGCCUCCUGACACACCAUUGGGCCAAGAAGAGGGGCAUCAAGGUGCUGGCGCUCACUGUGGAUCACGGACUGCGGCCAGAGAGCGGCGAGGAGGCAAAGCGAGGUAUACGGCACGAGAUUCUACACAGACCAUGGGACAAGCCGGCCCAGCCGGGCCACAUUCAAGAGGCUGCGCGGAAGCACCGCUACAUGCUUCUCUAUGAGAAGUGCCGGAGCGAAGGCAUCCACAACCUGCUCACCGCCCACCAACUCGAGGAUCAAGUCGAAACGUUCAUCAUGCGGCUGGCGCACUUCAGCGGCGUGGACGGUCUGGCGGGCAUCCAGAAACGCCACGCUCAGUUCUUCCCGCCGGUCCCGCCGGGGUCCGGCAGCGCCAAGGCGGCGAUGACGUCCACCCGCUUGGCGCCGCCGCUCUUCCCUCCGCUGUCCAAUCAAACACUCAACACGCCCAGCAGCGACAGCUAUCCGAGUCCGCUCUAUAUCGUGCGGCCCUUGCUCGAAGUCUCGAAGGACCGACUGAUGGCCACGUGUGCGCACUUUGGCCAGGAGGCGGUGGACGACCCCACCAACCAAAAUAUGACCUUUCACCGGAACCGGAUCCGACAAGCCCUCCCUUUGCUUUGGGAGACGAUCGGCAAAGAGGACCUCAGCCGCACCAUCUACCACUUUCAAAAGGCGCGCAACGAGAUGCAGGCCGAGGUCAACGCCAUCAUGCGGACCCACUCGCGCUUCUCCACGCGCCCGUUCCCCGCCCGGUUCUCUCCCUUCGGCGCCGAGCCGUCCCUGCCGUCGCCUCAGUUCCUGGGCCACGUCUACCUGCCCGUCUCCCUGUUCGGCGGCUCUCGCGACUCGCUCUCGCUGCCGCUCAGCAUGCGCGUGCUCCAGGCCGCGCUGGUGAGUGUGGGCGGCCUGCGGGCCGAGCGGCUCUCGCUCAAGCUCCCGAUGCUGCGCGAGAUCACUGAGCGCAUGCAGAAGACCGCCGCCUAUGCCGCGGGCGGGAUCACUGCGACACUGGGCCGCGGGCUUACACCCAUAUUGCCGGAUCAUCUCAAGGCGACCUUCACCGCCUGUGGCUGCCUCAUCCAGCUCCUUUCCUCCCCGCACCAAUCGAUGUUCGUUAUCUGUCCCGAACGGCGCAUGACGAGCGAGAAGGAGCCCAUUCGCCCGGGCGAGACCCUGUUGUGGGAGAACAGGCUCGCCAUUUCCUUCACCGUCGGUGGCCGCCAACCCCAGCGCCGCGCGAGCACCGCGUCACAGCCGCCGCCUACGACCGACGACCGCUUCUUUGUGCGGCGCCUCACCACCAAGGACUACAAGGUCUCCCACGUCAUCGGGACUGCGGUGCGAGAAGUGCCGUCGGACAUUCGUGUCACGACGCCGGUCAUCGUCGACGAGCGUGAUCGUCUGGUUGCGCUGCCCACGCUUCGGUUCUUACAGAACCGGCCGGACUUGGUGUUCACCACGGCCCCGGUCUUCCCGCUGACGUCGGAGCCCUCGCCCUGCGCUCCACCCGCGCAGCCCGACGAACUCUCCGCCAAGCAGAAGUUCGACAUGCUCCUCGCGCAACUCGACGAAUUCGAUCGAAUCGCCGACCAACUCGAUGAUGGUGCUGACGACAGUCACGACAGUCGCGACAAGCCACCACAAACGCGAUAA